UAAUUACGAUAUUAUAACUUAUCUUCAAUCUCCAUUGACAUAAAAUUAGACACAAUGUCCGAUCAAGAGUUAGAAUCUAACAAUUCCAGUGCUAACACUAGAAGACUGUAUUAUUGCCAUCAAUGUCGGAGAAGAGUAGAGGCUUUAAUGGCCCCAUCUCCAACUUGUCCUCACUGCAAUGGCGGUUUUGUAGAAGAAUUCUGAUUUUAUUAAUUUAUUAAAUUAGCUUGGAGAAAAUGAUGAUCUAAAUAUUGAGAAUGCUGGAGGACAGGAUUCUGAUGAUGAAUUUGAUGAGACAAUUCAUUUAAAUACUCAAAAUGGGCAAGAUUUUGUACAGCAACUCCUUCAAAUGUUUUCGAUUCAACCUGGGCCUAAUGUCCGAGUGCAAACGGAAAGUCGGGAUGGUACAACAACUAUAACAGCUACAACAACUACAGGAGUAAGAACAACUACAACAGCGACAGAAGGAGGAGCUUCUGAACAACAAGGUGAAGGUCUUCAAGAUGGAAAUCAGCAGCAGCAGCAUACACAUCGUCCAAAUAUUAUCUUUGCAAUGGGUAGUAAUGCACCGAACGCUGGUGAAGAUCGUACACCUCCAUUUUUAAAUAUUGCACAAGUGUUCCAGAGGAUAUUAGAAAAUGGUGGCGGAACAAACAAUACAGCAAAUUUCUUGAAUUUCUUUAAUAUUGCAGGUGAUCCAAGAGAUUAUGCAUGGGGUAAUACAGGAUGGGACAAUAUCAUUACACAAUUAAUGGAACAACAAGCUGGAAGACAAGCUCCACCACCAGCUACAGAUGAAAUAAUUGAAAAUUUACCAAAGUUGAAGAUUACAAAAAAGCAAGUCGUGGAAGAACAAUUGGGAUGUCCAGUUUGUAAAGAUGAAUUUCAAAUAGACGAAGAAGCGGUAUACCUGCCUUGCACUCAUACUUUUCAUUACGAUUGUAUAAAACCGUGGUUAAAAAUGAACGGAACCUGUCCUGUUUGUCGAUAUUCACUAGUUAGCCAGGAAAGCAAUGAACAGAACGCGCAUAAUAAUAAUAAUGGUGCUGGUUCAUCGAGUAACAAUAACAACAAUAAUAAUAAUUUCAGGUCAACCCCAACUUUUAUAUUCAAUUCCAAUUCUUCCUUACCUGGGACUUAUCCAGGAAAUCAACAAAAUAAUGGCCAACAGAACCAAGAUGAAGAUUUUAUGGAAUUGGAUCAUGAUCUUGAUUAAUAACGGUUGGUAGGAAGUAUUACCAAUUUUGAAUUUAGUCGGAAGGACUUUUUUGUAAUUAUGUUUUUUUGUCUUUAUUUCUUUUUUGAUUUCAUACUUAUGUAAACCAUCCAUAAAAAAUAUUUCCUUCAAUAAAUAGUAGACUAUAUUAUGCAAUUUUUUUUUAUUUUCUUGCAAUUAUUUAUAUAUUGAAUGUGUAAUAGACAAUGUAUUUUUUCUUUUAACUCAAAUAAUUAAUGAGAAAAGAAAUAUA